CCUGCCCCUGCCCCAGCCCCAGCGCCCGUCUCGUCGCUCUGUUGCCCCCUGCAGGUGACAUACCGCGUAGUCCAGGUGACUGAUGGUCAGCUGGAUGGCCAGGGCGACACAGCUGGUGCCGUCAGCGUCGUGUCCACAGCUGCCUUCGCGGGGGGGCAGCAGGCUGUGACCCAGGUGGGUGUGGACGGGGCAGCCCAGCGCCCCGGCCCCGCUGCUGCCUCUGUGCCCCCAGGUCCUGCCGCACCCUUCCCGCUGGCUGUAAUCCAAAAUCCCUUCAGCAAUGGUGGCAGCCCGGCGGCUGAGGCUGUCAGUGGCGAGGCACGGUUUGCCUACUUCCCCGCAUCCACUGUGGGAGAUACAACGGCUGUGUCUGUACAGACUACAGACCAGAGCUUGCAGGCUGGAGGCCAGUUCUAUGUCAUGAUGACUCCUCAGGACGUGCUUCAGACAGGAACGCAGAGAACGAUUGCACCCCGGACACACCCCUACUCUCCAAAAAUUGAUGGAACCAGAACACCUCGAGAUGAGAGACGGAGAGCUCAGCACAAUGAAGUGGAGCGGAGGCGGAGGGACAAGAUCAACAACUGGAUCGUCCAACUUUCAAAAAUCAUUCCAGAUUGUAACACAGACAAUAGCAAGACAGGAGCGAGUAAAGGGGGCAUCCUGUCGAAGGCCUGUGACUAUAUCCGGGAGCUGCGCCAGACCAACCAGCGCAUGCAGGAGACCUUCAAGGAGGCUGAGCGGCUGCAGGUAGACAAUGAGCUCCUGAGGCAACAGAUCGAGGAGCUGAAGAAUGAGAACGCCCUGCUUCGAGCCCAGCUGCAGCAGCACAACCUGGAGAUGGUGGGCGAGAGUGCCCGGCAGUGAUGCCCGCUCUGCCAUGACGCCCCGCCCCCAGCCCUUAGCACAGAGAGGGACACAUGCCCUCCCCCAGCUGCGUUUUUUAUAGUAGAUUUUUAACAAAAAUGAAAUGAAAUAAUGCAUUUCUGUGGAUACAUUACCCACUGCCCUCCUCUACUUGGAAAUGACCCCCUCCCACCUGUCUGUCCACUUCCUUUCUCCAGCCCUCCCCAGGCCCCAGCACUCCUGGUGGUCAUACCAGGGGGCGAGAGGGAGGAGGACAGAGGCCUUGCCAUUUCCUGCUGCCUCCUUGGUCUCUAGAGGUACUGAGACAGGGUGCUUAUGGGAAGGAGGGAGCUUUUGGGGGGCCACCCUGGGGCCUGGACCUAAGCAGGAAGGUCAUGCCCCACUCCACCUCUGUUUCUGGAUCCCUGCUCCCCUUUGGGUGUGUGAGUGUGCGUGCGUGCGUGCGUGUGUGUGCGUUUUAAUUUUCUUUAUGGAAAAAUGGACAAAAAGAGAGAGAGGUAUUUAACUGCAAUAAACUGGCCCCAUGUGGCCCCCGCCUUGUCUGUCAA